AUGGCUACAUCAGAAAAUGGUGAGACUGGACAGAGGGAUGCCACAAGUGGCUUCACUUCCCGUACCUAUUCUUCUGAAGAAGAGGAAUUAGCGGGAGAUACAUAUUCAAUAGAUUCGAGUGCCAUGGCUUUCAAAAUUGAAAACGGAAGGAGAUAUCAGACGUAUAGAGAAGGAGCUUAUUGGCAACCCAACGAUGAAAUACAGAAUGAACAAAUUGACAUUAGGAAGCGAGUUUUAGAUCUUGGAACAGGCACGGGAAUAUGGGCAAUUGAUUUUUCUGACCUUUUUCCAAAUGCAUCAGUUGUUGGAACAGACUUAUCACCAAUUCAGCCUGACAUGGUUCCACCAAAUUGCAGAUUUGAGAUAGAUGAUAUGACAGAAGAAUGGACCUAUCCGCCAAAUUAUUUUGACUUUAUACACAUUCGUGCACUUUUUGGCAGUAUCCCUAAUUGGGAUGAACUUUACACACAAGCUUAUAAACAUUUAAAGCCAGGAGGAUUCAUACAACAUAUAGAGCCAUCAUUAUAUAUCUUUUCUGAUGACGACACGCUACCACCGGAUAGUCCGUUAUUCAAGUUCGCGGAGGCCGGGGAACGUACCGGACAAUCAAUGGAUCUGUGUCCAACAAUGAGUUCAAAAAUAGCCCAAGCUGGAUUCAUCAAUCUCCAGGAGAGGACAUACAAAACUCCAUUGGGAGAAUGGUCGAACGAUGCGAAAUUACAAGAAGUAGGAAAGUGGAAUCUGUUACAGUUUGAUGUGGGAUUGGAAGGGUUUGCCGUACAACUUUUCACCAAUGUUAUUGGGAUGAGUUUACCUGAGGUUCAAUUGUUCUGUGCUCAAGUUCGUGCUGCAGCUCGAGAUCGACGAAUACACUCGUAUUAUCCGCAUAAAUUAGUUUAUGGCCAGAAACCUCUUUAA